AUGCCCGACUCUCUCGCAGUCUUCCGGGGCACCACCCGCCAGGAGCUCAACAAGCUCGCAGAGGAGCACCUGGAGCACGAUCUACAGCCAUCUGAUCGCGAUAGGUUGAAUUCCGCUGCAUCCAAGCUUGGAACACACACUACGGUCGGGUCCCUCGUUGGCAUCGGGUUAGGGAUGUACAUGGCGUAUCGAGUACGGCGAGUGCGGAUGGACAUGUUUACUGCUUUCCGCAUCGUGGAGAAACCGACACAUGUGCAGUUUGCAAGCGGCAGAAUAGAGAUGGUUCCCGAUCUGACACCUUUCCUUCGACCCACUCUGCUGGGCGACAUUGCGACGUUCGGACUUUUCGCUGCGGGAGGAUUGUUCAUAGGUGGAGAAGCGGGGCUGCUCUGUGGCGUUUAUUCUGCGCGGAGAACUUUAGUGAAAGACCUGGAGUCCAAGUUGAGGAUUGAACGUGCAUUUGCGAGACUGAGGGCUGACAUUCUUCGGCGCCAGGCUGAUGCCUUGGACGGCGGGAAGUCUGACUCUAAUCCAGAGAAGGUGGCCGAGGUAUUCUAA